AUGGAGAAAGAAUCUGGGGAGCAGAGAGAACCUAGACAGGAGGGACAGUCAUCGAUGGAGAAAGAAUCUAGGGAGCAGAGAGAACCUAGACAGGAGGGACAGUCAUCGAUGGAGAAAGAAUCUAGGGAGCAGAGAGAACCUAGACAGGAGGGACAGUCAUCGAUGGAGAAAGAAUCUGGGGAGCAGAGAGAACCUAGACAGGAGGGACAGUCAUCGAUGGAGAAAGAAUCUAGGGAGCAGAGAGAACCUAGACAGGAGGGACAGUCAUCGAUGGAGAAAGAAUCUGGGGAGCAGAGAGAACCUAGACAGGAGGGACAGUCAUCGAUGGAGAAAGAAUCUGGGGAGCAGAGAGAACCUAGACAGGAGGGACAGUCAUCGAUGGAGAAAGAAUCUAGGGAGCAGAGAGAACCUAGACAGGAGGGACAGUCAUCGAUGGAGAAAGAAUCUGGGAAGGAGAAAAAAUUUCGGAGAGGGGAGCAAAGAAGUACGCACAUCAGGGCUCUUAAUUUCUGUAGAAUAGAGCUAGUAGAAAGUAUCCACUAUUUACUUGAGCCCAUUCUGGAUCAGAUGAUCCAAGAUGAUGUUAUUGCUGAUGAGGUUUGCAGGAACAUAAGAUCAAUGAAAUCACCUCACGAACAAGGACGCAAGCUUUUAGAAUAUCUAAGCACUGGGUCGCGUCGCGCGUAUGUUUCAUUCAAAAGAGGCCUGCAAAGGGUAAAGCUUCCACAUAUUGUUGACAUGCUGGAGGAGGCUGAAAAGCUCCCAGCACAAAGUCCAAUUGACCAACCUGCUGUGAAACGAGAACCAAUCACCACAGUAUCUCAGGCCUCAGAAUUAACAGAUCCUGAUACAAGCGAAAUUCCACUGCAGAGACAGGGGAGGGAGUUUGGCAACUUUGACCCCCAAAGCCAACCAUGGAGGAAACCAUAG